AUGUUAGAUGCAGCUUUCAGAAUAAAAGACCUUGGCAGAUUGAGUUAUUUUCUGGGACUUGAAGCUCUCAGAGUUCCCAGUGGUCUCUACUUAUGCCAAAGAAAAUACACUUUGGAGAUCCUAGAAGAAAAUGGUUUUUUGGAUGCUAAACCAGCCAAGACCCCCUGUAAUGCAGGCCAGAAGCUCACUAAGGAUGAAGGCAAAUUGAUUGAAAAGCCUGAAAUUUACAGAAAACUGAUUGGGAAGCUUUUGUAUUUAACCAAUACAAGGCCUGACAUUUCCUACUCUGUCCAACAACUAAGUCAAUUUGUGGAUGAACCCAAGGAUACACACUUGAAUGCAGCACAUAGGGUGCUCAGAUACCUCAAGGGAUCACCAGGCAAAGGGUUAUUCUAUCCAUCACAAUCUCAGGCCAAGCUUCAAGGUUUCUCUGAUUCUGAUUGGGUAGCAUGCACUGAGUCUAGAAAGUCUAUCACAGGAUUUUGUGUUUAUCUGGGAAAUUCUCUCAUCUCAUGGAAAUCUAAGAAGCAAGUAACAGUUUCAAGGUCUUCCUCUGAAGCUGAGUAUAGAGCUUUGGCCGCCACAGUUUGUGAAAUCCAAUGGCUCAAGUACCUGCUGGUAGACUUAAAAUUUGAUAUCAGCAGUCCCAUCACUCUCUUUUGUGACAAUAAAUCUGCUAUUGCCAUUGGGGAGAAUCAUGUUUUUCAUGAGCGCACUAAGCAUAUUGAAAUUGAUUGCCAUGUGGUGAAACAAAAAAUCAGGGAAGGAGUUAUUAAAUUGAUGAGUGUUCCCUCACAUCAACAAGUAGCAGAUGGCUUCACCAAAGCUUUGUCUAAGCCUUUGUUUGACAUUUUCCAUUCUAAGCUAGGCCUUCACGAUCACAGACAUUCCACUCCACUGAGUGUACUUCACCGUAGACUGCUAAUCGAGAACUACGGCAAGCAGACUGAUUUACAGUUUGCUUAUAAAUGCGAGUCUUUCCAUGAUUUUGUUUGA